AUGCCAUUGCUUGAGUCUGAGCCUGGUCCAGCGGAGUCAUCAAGUGAUCUCCCAGAUCGCCUCCCAUUCCCACCUACUACCUACUCCCACAUCUUGCACUGCUCUUAUCAUGACUGGCAUCAGCGUUACCGCACCCUCGUUCCCAGAUCGCGUGUGAUCCCGUUGACUAGACCCUUUGUCGAAUACCUCCGCGCCGACGGCAUUGUCCUUCCACCUGAAGCCGUUGCCCCCACCGACGAUGAUAACCUGGACACAUUCUCCGAUUCGGGCGAGGAGGAGCCCGACCCAUCCACCGAAUGGAAUGAGAUUCACACCCAGAUCAAGAACACGAUUGCCGAUUUUGGAGGCAUCGUAACCCCGAAACUGAACUGGAGCGCCCCGAAAGAUGCAACAUUCAUGGCCGCUACCAACGACACCCAAUGCCGGUCUCCAAAUGACAUCUAUCUCCUAUUGAAGAGCAGCGACUUCGUUACCCAUGAUCUAGACCACGCCUUCGACGACUGUGUGCCGGACACAAACACCCCAUCUACCGUUGACUCACCAUUGCCGGAGAUUCCGUAUUCCCUGGUUCUUCGCAAAUAUGUCAACUUCAACCCGUCUCUCGAGUUCCGUUGCUUCGUGCGCAACCGCGUGCUACUAUGCAUAACUCAGCGUGAUCAAAACCACUUUGACUUCCUCUUCCCCAUGCGCGAUAUGCUCCGGUCCCGGAUCCAGUCAUUCUUUGACGAAAAGCUCAAGACUACCUUCCCGGAAGACAACUUUGUGUUUGACGUGUAUAUCCCGGCACCGCAUCAGCGCGUCUGGUUGAUUGAUAUCAACCCAUGGGCGCAGCGUACCGAUCCGCUGACCUACAGCUGGCUCGAGAUUCUCCAGAAGAAGGAUCCGAUUGGUGUGCAAGAGGAAGAUGACACGGCGGAAGAGUUUGUGAGGAUUUCUCUUCACGAUGGCAAAAUCGUUGACACUGGGGCGGCGGAAGAAGAAAAAGACGGCGAAUCAAGUUCUUCCGACUCGGAGGGAGAGAACGAGGCCGCAGAAGGGGAUGACGAACAGGCUCCCUUCCUCCCGGAGUUCCGUCUGAUCAAGAAGGACGAUCCUGAGGCGUAUGCAUUCAGCUCUACGCAGUAUUCGGCUCACAAGGUGCCGAGGGAGUUGGUGGAUGCUUCGCUCCAAGGACCUGGCGGUAUGAGUGAAUUCAUGGGCCAGUGGCAUGAGAUAUUGAAGAAGCAGGAGCAGGAAGAUCAGGCCAGCAGUGAUUCUGAAUAG